AAUUCUGUCGUCCACCAGCACUCGCUCGCUCCUUUUUUGGACAAGGCAGCAAGUUUUUUCUAUUUAAAUUUAAGUUCGUUUUUCAGAUGAUCUUCUUCCUUUAAAAGAGGGUGACUAAAUAUUUAAGACCUGCAGAGAAUACAGGAAACAAACAAACAAACAAACAAACAAAGUUCAUUUGAAGGACAUGGACCUGCGUCUGACACUCCUGUUGAUCUACGUCUGCAGCCUCGGAGUUUCUAAUGCUGAGGUGGCUGAAAAUGGGUCCAUCCCCAUGGUUCCUCUGAUCCCACUGAUCCCCAGUCAACCCACAGAGAAAGCAGAAAAUGAAAGUACAGCACAACCAGACGUCGCAGAUGCCACAAAGAUACCUGUAACAGUUAGUCCCGGUGAGGAAACAUCAGAAGAAGAAGAGGAAGGAUGUAUGUCCAUCGGUCGAAGCCCGGAGUCGAGGGCGGCCAUGGCCACUGCCAUCCAGAAACUGGGUCUUCAGCUGCUGCAGAACCUGGAGACGACGCCUCAGGAACCAAACAUCAUCAUCUCUCCUCUCAGCAUCUCACUGGCUCUCUCUCAGCUGGUUCUAGGUGCAGUGAAUGAGACGGAGGAGCUGCUCAUGUCUCACCUGCACGGACACACGCUCCCCUGUUACCAUCAGUCUCUGAGGAACAUCAUGGUCGGCCUCAGAAACAACGACCUGAAAAUCGCCACGCGAAUCUUCCUGCGUCAAGGCUUUUAUCCAAAGGAACUGUUCCUGAAUGAAUCUCGGAGGUUGUACGACUCAGAGCCGUCCGUGUUGGAGAGUGUGGAGCAGAUCAACCAGUGGGUGGAGAACGCCACGCAAGGAAAGAUGACCGACUUCCUGUCUGGGUUACCACCAAACCUGCUCAUCAUGCUCAUCAACGCCGUCCACUUCAAAGGUGAAUGGAAAGCUCGGUUUGAUCCUCGCUUCACCACCAGAGGAGUUUUCUACCUGGACGACAGUCGCAUGGUGGACGUGGACGUGAUGGAAGACGCCAAACAUCCUCUCAGUUUAUUUUUUCACAAUGAACUGGAAGCUCAGGUGGCGAAGUUCCCGUUCACUAAGGGCAUGAGUCUGCUGGUGGUCAUGCCUCUGUCCACUCAAGUCAAACUGUCCUCGCUUUACUCCAAAGUCAACAUCUCAGAGCUUUACAAUCGUCUUCCUAAAGAGAGAGCCGUUCAAGUCAAAGUCCCCAAAUUCAAACUGGACUACGCUCAAGAUUUACAGGACGUUUUCACCAAGAUGGGUAUGGGACAACUCUUCUCCAAUCCAAACUUGGCAGAUAUGGCAGACGGCCCCCUGCUGGUUUCCAGCGUGAAGCACAAGUCCAGCAUGGAGAUAAACGAGGAGGGCGCCGAGGCGUCCGCCGCCACGACUGUGGUCAUCUCACGUGCGUCCAACCCCAUUUUCCACCUCAACCACCCCUUCUUUUUCGCUCUCAUGGACGAUAUGACACAAGUGCCGAUUUUCAUGGGCAUCAUCAACAACCCCAGUCCCGACACUCCUGUCCUGCAGAAAGGAGAAAAUGGCGGCAAAGAUAAAGUGGUUUUCCCCUUUGACAAGAAUUCUGAGGGCUCGUUUGGAGGCCCGCCCAAGUAGGGACUGAUAAUCUGAUAAUCCCAGUAUCCUGAGGAUAUCACUUAGCUGCAGUCAAAGUCUGUGUGAAAACAUGUGCUUCUUUAUUCUUCAUUUAUUACUUUAUUUCAUGAGAGAACAAACUUACAGAGGAGCUAAGUUUGCCCUACAAUAUUAAAAAGAAAAAGUUUAAAUCCAAUUGUUUAUGCUUAUUUUUGUUUAAUUACAUGAUAACAUUUAUAUAUAACAUGACAACAUUUGAUAAUUUGAUGUGACAGUGUCAGUGUGAAUGUAGUUAACUUUUAAAUAAUGUUGUAAUGGAAUAAACACAAACUGAAUUGACCUGGGUAUGUAAAAGAAAAAAGUUAAUAAACAUGAUUUCUAUGUACA